AUCUUCAAGUCUAGUGGAAGUAAAAAAAAAAAUUAAGCCGCAUGUCAGUGAACCACAAACACAAACUCAAUAAUAUUUUUACUCAAUCACAUAUUAAUUAUUAACUCAAUUAAUUAAUAACCAGUAAUUUAUUUAUUUAUUCAAUUACAUAUUAAUACAAAUCAUGUAUUUCUCAUCAUACUUUUAUAUAUUUAUAAAUAUUGUGAUACUUGGGGUUGAAUCUACGGAAUGGAAUACCCAUGAUUUCAUGAAACGCGAGCAUUCAUUAGUUAAACCAUAUCAAGGAAUGGGAAUGACGAUACCGUACUGGGAUUUUUUGGGAAGUACGAUUGUGACUAAAAAUUAUAUCAGACUGACGCCGGACUUGCAGAGUCAGCAGGGGGCAAUAUGGAAUUCUGUGCCCUGCAACGUCCGUAACUGGAACCUAGAAGUCCACUUCAAAGUCCACGGCAAAGGCCGCGACUUAUUCGGCGACGGUUUCGUAAUCUGGUACGCCAAAGACCGCAUGGAAUCUGGGCCCGUAUUCGGCAACAAAGAUUUCUUCCACGGGCUCGCUGUCAUCCUCGACACUUACAGUAACCACAAUGGGCCCCACAACCAUCAACACCCCUACAUAUCUGCGAUGGUUAACAAUGGGUCCCUCCACUACGACCACGACCGAGAUGGUACCCACACUCAAUUAGCCGGUUGCGAAGCCAAAUUCCGCAAUCUAGACUACGAUUCUCACAUAUCAAUCAAAUAUGAAGGAGACACACUCACAGUAUCAACGGACAUAGCUAAUAAAGCAGCAUGGAAAGAAUGUUUAAAAGUAAACGGUAUUAAAUUACCAACGGGUUAUUACUUUGGGAUAUCAGCAACUACUGGUGAUUUAUCAGAUAAUCAUGAUAUUUUAUCUGUCAAAUUGUACGAGCUAGAUUUACCUGAUAGUGCAAAAGACACUGAGGAUAGAUCGAAUAUUAUUCCGUCCGCGACGUUCUUCGAAUCCCCACGUGAUCACGUUGACGAUCCAAAGCCAUCAUCAUUAAGUGGAAUAAAAAUAUUUUUACUAAUGUUAGUCGCCUCCAUAGCAAUAAUAGCCUGUGUCGUCAUUGGAAUAAUGUUUUAUCAAAAGCAUCAAGAAAAUAGUCGUAAGAGAUUUUAUUAAUCAAUUAAUCGAUUAAUAAUUUAAAUAGAUAAUUAAUUAAUUAAAAUCAUUCAUUAAAAAAUUUUAUAUUUUUCAUGUAAAUAAAAUAUAAAUACAAUAAUUAAUUAACCAAAUGGAAAUUAAUGAAAAAAAUCGUGGGUUAGAUAAAAAAUUUUUUGAGUUCGAAAAAAAAAUCAUAAUUAAAUAAUAAUUAAAUUGACUGAUUAAUAAAUUGUUGAAAAUAGUCGCCAUUAAUUGUGUGAAUGUUAAUUAUGAGACUUGUAAUUAAUAAUUAUAAAUUAAUAAUUAAUGUACUGGUAAUUGUG